GAGUUUUCAACUCCUCGCUAUACCCGUUGCUUGCGCUGAACAUGGGGGAACUCUUUCAGCUGCAUAUUGCUACCGAGCUCGCUCCAAUAGUAUCACUCCCCCCCACCUCCAUCCUACCUUUCAUAGAGCGAAACCGGCGUCCAUUCAAAGAACCAGGACAGUUCACCCUUCCUGUAGCCAAGCUGAUCUCUCUGUAUCGGCAAGACCCAGAGACCAAGUGUAGUCACUCCAACCUCACCCCAGCAGCUCUCGCAGCCUCUAUUGCUUCAAGAUGGGUGCCCACAAGUCAUGUUCGGGCUGUAACCGCGACCAGCGACCAUCUGAGCUUUCAUGUCGACUCUCGGUUGUUCAUCUCCAGCAUUUUGGGUGCAGUCAGAAGCGGCGAACUUUCACGACCGGAAAAAUCCCGUAACCAUUCCGCCAUUGUGGAGAGAGAAGAGGAAGUUGUAAUCGAGUUUGACUUUCCAAACAUUGGCCAAGUGUUUAGUUCGCGGUAUUGGAGAUCCCUUGCGGUUGCCGCGUUUGUAGAGAGAUGCUGCAAGCUCCGUUCGCAAAAUGGUAAACUCCGCUGCAAAAUUGGGAUUUGGAAUAAACACACCGAGAUUCUUCUUCUUGCCUGUCAACGUAAUGGCUUCGAAGACGGCCCCUAUACACCACUUGUACUUCAUAAAAACUUUGAACGCACUCUUGAAGAUAUCACUACGAAUCCAACCCUUUUGCUGCGUUCAAAAAAACUACUCUACGAUCUUUACUGCGGCAUUCCUGCGAUCGUGGAAAUGUGGAGCCGAGCUUGGGAAGCUUGGAGGGAUAGUUUUGCUCCGGUCCUCGAGCGCAUGGGUAUCUCCGGCCAAUUGGAGACCGACGAGCUUAUAUGUAAAGAUCGAGUGGACAGAUUUCUUACGUUCCUUCAGGAGGCCGGAUUACUAAAACCUGGCAGAAACGCAGGGGAACAAAUUGUGGAUUUGAGGGAUUGGCAACUGGGAACGGCACUGUUGAUGACUGGCGAUGGUGUACCAACACAAGUACUGGUGGAUGCAGUAAUUUCGAUGGAAAGAGGAGAAUGUCACGUCUCGAAAACGUAUGUAGUUGCUGAAAUUGGACGUCAGUAUUCCUUUCAACAAAGCAGGAAGCUGGUGGAAUUAGUAGAGAGUGGGAUCCAUGAUUUGAUCGAUGCGCCCUUUGGAAAGAUCUACGACAUGGACAUGAGAACCUCCGAGCCGGUACUAUCACCAGAACCGUAUUUGAAUUGCGCCAAGAUGUACAUGGAAGACAUCAUGCGGGAAAAGGAGUCAAGCAUUGGUGAACAUGUAGAAAACGAAUUGGUCACCCAAAAUAACGCGCCUGACAUGAUCGGUCUAACAGCUUUGCUAUUCCAAACGUACCAACCACGUCGAACGAAAAACUUCUCCUACAACUGGUCCCGCAUCGUCUCCAAUGAAUCGGAUAUUGGUGUAUACAUCCAAUACACCCACGCUCGGCUAGCUUCCGUUCUAUGCCACGCUCCGCCCCCAAAUCCCGAAGUGGAUAUCACACCGCUUUUGAGCACACCCAUCCCCCUGGCUCUUGUUUCAAAACUUUCUAGAUACCCACACGUCCUUUUCACGACCCUAAACACACAUGAUCCCUCGGUUCUGGUUACAUAUCUCGUAGAGUUGUCUCGGGAGGUUGGCAGCUGCUUAAGUGGAAUACGGGUUAAAGGCCAGUCGAAUGAGGUGAAAGAGGCAAGGGCAGAGCUUGUAAGAGCUAUACAAACUGUGAUUAGCUGGGGAUUAUCACUGCUAGGAGUCAAAGGCGUUGAUAGAAUGUAGCGAGUGUUCCUGCUCACGUAAUUAGACCGCGCUCAUUCAUGA